AUGGAGCACCGCGGUGUAAAAAAGGCGGCCUCUAGCACCGACGACCAUCGAGCCUCGUGGUUCCAGGAAUGGGACGUCAUGGCCGAAUCAGCGCAGAUUGAAGCUGCUGACGAAGAAGCGGGUGCGUCGCUCUAG